UCGGCUCAGGGAGAGAGUCUGGUCUUUGGUGAGACUGAGGGGGAGUUACGGACAGAACGGCACCCGGGUUGCUAUUCACGCCACCGAAGCUGCAUGCGUGGUGAUCGCCACCUGUGUGGGUGAUCCUCAAGCCACCAUGAAAGGCUAGGAACUCAGUUCUCCAAGGAAAUGGCUCCAUUUUGUAAUAUACGUUCCCUUCUACCUGAUGUAUGACUCCAGCUGCCUGUCCAGGGCGUAUCAGCUGUUUAUGGGAACAACCAUGGUAUUCACAAUCCUGAGGAUUUAAGCUUUUCCAGGACAACACAGUUUUGAAGCCCCACCCUUAAGCCGAAGCAUCAUCGCUGUGCAACAGAGUGGAGAGGCUGUGAAGUCAUGGCGAACAACUCGUACAGUGGGGUGAAGAACUCCAUAGUGGAGGCUAACCACGAUGGAGACUUUGGCUGCACGCUCAAAGAGCUGCGCUCGCUAAUGGAACUGAGAGGCGCAGAGGCAAUAAGCAAAGUUGGGCAAUCUUACAGGGAUGUUCAUGGACUCUGCAGCCGGUUAAAAACAUCCCCCACAGAUGGUCUAAGCGGGCAGCCUGCAGACAUUGAGAAGCGGAAAACAGUGUUUGGGCAAAAUUUUAUACCGCCCAAAAAGCCCAAAACAUUCUUACAGUUAAUGUGGGAGGCGCUACAAGAUGUCACGCUGAUUAUCCUCGAGGUGGCAGCCGUAGUUUCAUUAGGCCUUUCUUUUUAUAAACCUCCAGAUGCUGAAAGAGAAAACUGUGGAAGGGCGGCUGGAGGAGGUGGGGAUGAACAUGAAGCAGAAGCAGGCUGGAUUGAGGGCGCAGCCAUUCUUUUGUCAGUUAUCUGUGUGGUGUUGGUAACAGCAUUCAAUGACUGGAGUAAAGAAAAACAAUUUAGGGGCCUCCAGAGCCGCAUUGAGCAGGAACAGAAAUUUGCGGUUGUUCGUGGUGGACAAGUUAUUCAAAUACCUGUGGCUGAAAUCGUGGUUGGAGACGUGGCACAAAUUAAAUAUGGUGACCUUUUGCCUGCAGACGGAGUUCUCAUCCAGGGAAACGAUCUAAAAAUCGAUGAGAGCUCUCUCACAGGGGAGUCGGACCAUGUCAAGAAAACACUAGAAAAAGACCCAAUGCUGCUAUCAGGCACCCAUGUAAUGGAGGGCUCAGGGAAAAUGGUAGUCACCGCUGUGGGUGUCAACUCUCAAACUGGAAUUAUCUUCACUUUACUUGGGGGCGGCGAAGACGAGGAUGAUGAUGAAGAGGAAAAGAAAAAGGAGAAGGAGGAGAAGAAGAAACAGAGAAAAUUCAAAAAGCAAGAUGGCUCUGUGGAAAACCGUAAGAAAGCGAAAGCACAGGACGGAGCUGCCAUGGAAAUGCAGCCUCUGAACAGCGACGAGGGAACGGAUGCAGAGGAGAAGAAAAAGGCCAACCUGCCAAAGAAAGAAAAGUCUGUUCUCCAAGGCAAACUGACCAAAUUAGCGGUACAGAUUGGCAAAGCAGGGUUGGUCAUGUCAGCCAUCACUGUUAUUAUCCUGGUAGUGCUGUUUGUAGUAGACACCUUCUGGAUCCAGAAUUUGCCCUGGAUCAAGGAGUGCACCCCCAUUUACAUCCAGUUCUUUGUAAAGUUCUUCAUCAUUGGCGUCACUGUUCUUGUGGUGGCUGUUCCCGAAGGCCUCCCACUUGCUGUAACGAUCUCCCUGGCAUACUCUGUUAAGAAAAUGAUGAAAGACAAUAACCUGGUACGCCAUUUGGACGCCUGUGAAACGAUGGGCAAUGCUACAGCCAUCUGCUCUGACAAGACUGGGACGCUCACCAUGAACCGGAUGACUGUGGUGCAGGCUUACCUUGCUGAAAAACACUAUAAGAAGGUCCCUGAACCAGAGAACAUCCCUACCAACACACUAGAUAUACUUAUUCUGGGCAUUGCCAUCAACUGCGCCUACACCACCAAGAUCAUGCCUCCGGAGAAAGAAGGGGGCCUGCCGAGGCAGGUGGGUAACAAGACCGAAUGUGCCUUGCUGGGCUUUGCAACCGACCUGCGGCGUGACUACCAGGCUAUCCGCAGCGAGAUUCCCGAAGAGAAACUAUACAAAGUUUAUACCUUCAACUCGGUUCGCAAGUCCAUGAGCACUGUGUUGAAGAUGGCGGACGGCAGCUACCGAAUGUUCAGCAAAGGUGCCUCAGAAAUUCUUCUAAAAAAGUGUUAUAAAAUUCUAACAGCGAACGGUGAACAGAAGGUAUUUCGCCCACGUGACAGAGAUGAUAUGGUGAAGAAAGUGAUUGAGCCCAUGGCCUCAGAGGGCCUGAGAACCAUCUGCUUAGCAUACAGAGAUUUCCCCGCCUCUGACGGUGAGCCGGACUGGGACAGUGAAAGCGAUAUCCUCACUGGACUGACCUGCGUCUGUGUGGUGGGCAUCGAAGACCCUGUCAGACCAGAGGUCCCAGAUGCGAUCAGGAAAUGCCAGCGAGCCGGCAUCACGGUGCGAAUGGUGACGGGGGACAACAUCAACACAGCUCGGGCCAUCGCCAGCAAGUGCGGCAUCCUCAAUCCUGGAGACGAGUUCCUUUGCCUGGAGGGCAAAGAGUUCAACCGCAGGAUCCGCAAUGAGAAGGGAGAGAUCGAACAAGAACGCAUUGACAAAAUCUGGCCCAAACUCCGAGUACUAGCUCGUUCCUCUCCGACAGAUAAACACACAUUAGUCAAAGGUAUAAUUGACAGCACGGUGGCAGAACAGAGGCAGGUCGUGGCGGUGACAGGUGACGGCACAAAUGACGGUCCAGCCUUAAAGAAAGCAGACGUUGGUUUUGCCAUGGGUAUCGCUGGCACCGACGUGGCCAAGGAGGCGUCCGACAUCAUUCUGACAGACGACAACUUUUCCAGCAUUGUCAAGGCCGUCAUGUGGGGACGCAACGUCUACGACAGCAUAUCCAAGUUCCUACAGUUUCAGCUGACUGUCAACGUGGUGGCUGUCAUUGUAGCAUUUACAGGAGCCUGCAUCACACAGGAUUCUCCCCUCAAAGCAGUACAGAUGUUAUGGGUCAACCUGAUCAUGGAUACCUUUGCUUCACUCGCCCUGGCUACAGAGCCUCCCACCGAAGCCUUGUUGCUAAGGAAGCCUUAUGGACGCAACAAGCCUCUCAUCUCUCGCACCAUGAUGAAGAACAUCCUGGGUCACGGGGUCUACCAGUUAAUCAUCAUCUUCACUCUGCUCUUUGCUGGAGAGAAAAUGUUUGACAUCGACAGUGGCAGGAAUGCACCUCUCCAUGCCCCGCCCUCUGAGCACUACACCAUCGUCUUCAACACAUUUGUACUGAUGCAACUUUUCAAUGAGAUCAACGCCCGCAAGAUCCACGGUGAAAGGAACGUCUUCGAAGGCAUCUUCAACAACCUCAUCUUCUGUAGUAUUGUCCUCGGUACCUUCGUCAUCCAGAUUAUUAUAGUCCAGUUUGGAGGGAAGCCCUUUAGCUGUGUACCUCUGAGUAUCGACCAGUGGCUUUGGUGCACUUUCUUGGGCUUCGGCUCUCUGCUCUGGGGACAGGUCAUCUCCUCCAUACCCACCAGCCGCCUAAAAUUCCUGAAAACAGCAGGUCACGGAACCCAAAAGGAGGAGAUCCCAGAUGAGGAGCUGGAGGAGUUGGAGGACAUGGAUGAGAUCGACCACGCUGAGCGGGAGCUUCGCCGUGGCCAGAUCCUCUGGUUCCGAGGACUCAAUCGCAUCCAGACUCAGAUGGAUGUAGUGAGUGCAUUCCAGAGUGGAACUUCCUUUCAGGGGGCUCUAAGGCGGCAGGCCUCCAACUCCAGCCAACAACAGCACGAUAUCCGGGUGGUGAAUGCAUUCCGCAGCUCCAUCUCCCUCUAUGAGGGGCUGGAGAAGCCCGAGUCACGGACAUCAAUCCACAACUUCAUGACCCACCCGGAAUUUCGGAUAGAAGACUCUGAGCCCCACAUCCCUCUUAUAGACGACACCGACGCAGAGGACGACGCUCCCACCAAGCGUAAUUCUGCCAGCCCCCGCAAUGCCACGCCCACACCGCCAUCCCCAGCUGCCAGCACCCCCACAGCGCUGCCCCCCAUCGUCAGCACCCCCACAGCGCUAUCCCCCGCCGUCAACACCCCCACAGCGCUAUCCCCGGCCGUCAACACCCCCACAGCGCUGCCCCCCGCCGUCAACACCCCCACAGCGCUGCCCCCCGCCGUCAACACCCCCACAGCGCUGCCCCCCGCCGUCAGCGCCACCACACCUCUGCCCCCCGCCAUCAACGCCCCUUCCCCAAAUCAGAACAAUAACGCUGUGGAGAGCAGUAACCACCUCCUCCCAGAGGGCCCCAAACCAGGCAGCCUGUCGGUCCCAGGGAGCCCACUACACAGCCUGGAAACCUCACUUUGAUGUGACCCUGCUCCACACGUCCCACCACUUUUCUACCCGCCACCAAGGAGCUCAGCUCAGACAAAAGGAUGAGCACACGCGAGAGGAGAGAUGAAGGGCUAGGAGGAGAGUGGAGCUUAGCUCGAGCUGGACUACAAACAGCAGGCAUUCAGAAGAAUGUACGGCUUGGUGUGGAUGCUUUAGUCUUUGAGUUUUCUUUUGAAUACCCUGCUGCAAAACGAGGACCGCCUCCACCCCUCCCUCCUCAGCAACUUUUAUUUUUCUCAGCAGAAUAAGGGGUGAUUAUAAACUCUGAUUGAAAGUGACCUGUUUUUAUUAUUCUAACAUUAUUCUUCUUGUUAUUAUUGUUAUUUUAAUUGCGAUGGGGAGGUCCUCCUCCAGGCUUGAAGAUCACAUGAAAGAACCUUUAGCUUCUCUUUCAUCUGGAUGGUGUUGUAUAUUUAACUUUUUGGCCCUUGCUCAUUCAAAACUUGCUUACUUGCUCCAUUGGCUGUUAAUAUUUUGAGUUAUUUAUGUUUUUUUUGUUUGUUUUUUGGAAAAAGCAGGUCUGUUUACAAAGUUUGUAGAUACUUUUUUCUGUUUGUAGGCGAAAGAGCUUCCUGAUGUAUGAUGCAGAAAACGGGGACAGAAUGAAAACGAAUGCCAGGAUUAUUUCAGAUACUGCUGUAUUUUCAGGAAGAAAGGUGUUUCUAUUGAAACUUAACUAUUUUUGCCUGCAAGUUUUAUUUGUUAUAUAUUUGUAGAUAAAUAUAGAACCUACUAGCCAAAUGAUAAACACUAAGGCUUGUAUAGAAAAAGAGUUCCAUCAGGCUGGCGGUGUUUUCACAGGAGAGGGUGGAAUCACAAAAGGGGCCUCAGUCCACAGGUUAUCAUCGCUCGAAAUAUUUACUUCCUGCAUUUGUUACCACGUGCACAGACUCUUGGGAGUUUUAGAUUUUCUUUAAAUUCAUCCUUUUUGUUUUCAGGUAUGUCCACACAUUGAAAGGUUCAGUCAUUAAAGGGAGCUUAGAUUAUAUUUUGGGGCCGUAUUUAGCAAGCAUCUCGGAAUCACUUGCGGAAAACGCAACGGUGUUUAAGGAAAAUUAGCUGCGACGUCGCUAAUGGAGCUGCUAACUCUCAGAAACACAUUUUCCUUUAGCAAUAGGAUCUCAUCCAGUUCUUUGAACUGUCCAAUGUUUUCUUGUUUAAUCCAAGAAAUGUCAAGGGAAAAAUCAGAUUGCUGUAUAUUGCGUUAAAAUUUUAUUUUUGCCAAAACGACGGAAACAGCGGGUGCACAGUUGAGUAAUUUCUUGGGGGUUCCGCCCCUAAGCUUUUUGUCAUGAGCCGUUUGUUAUUACGGUUUUAUACAAAUGGAAUGUGCCUUGGCUUCACUUAUUUAGAGCAUGUUUUGUCCUGUGAGAAUUUGUUAGACGUAUUUCCCAAGGUAGCAAAUUUUUAAACACGUCUCGGAAUGAGACAAAGCCACUGCUUCUCUUGAGCUGAUGUUUCUCUCUGCAGAUGCUUGUUAAAUACGGACCGCAUAAACCAUUGGUGCAUAUUUUUUUUUCUAUUUUUUGUUUUUCCUCAGUAAAACCUUUGCUCCUGCCAGUGUAUAAUGUUGACAUUUGUUUACUCAGGCAUAGAUGACGUAUUUAAUUUAAAAAUAAAAUCUGUUGAAAAGAACCUUUUAACAGCAAACUUAGUAUUUAAAUGCUUAAACAAUGUCUUGGGGAAAAAAAAUGCAAGUGAAUUAUUUUCAUAUUUCAUUCAGUCUUUAAUGCAUUGCUGUAAGAAAACUUAAUUUCCUCCGAGUUCUGGUUUGUUGAUAUUUAAGAAAUAAAACUACGAGAAAAGACUUAUUUUUCUUAACACUGUCCAUAAAUAAAUAAACAUUUCUGCCUUUAAUUUCUUUGUAAAAUAUUUUUGACACCUGGUUUACUGGAAACACUAAAGAAUUGGAUGUGCAGUUUUUUUUUUGGGGGGGGGGGGGGUCCCCCAGUCAGAACACUUGGUGUACACUGGGAUCUGCACAGGGUGCUUUAUUUCAUAAAAACCGCUUGGUGGGAAAGAAUUUUGAUACAAAUCAUGAGAAAUGUACCUUUGUAUUUUUAUGACGAUGCUGAUGAAACUUUAAACCAAUUUUGGAUGAUUUGACACUAAUCUGGUACAGGAAGGGGUUUUGGCCACUUAACUUUCAUCUCAGGGUGCGAAUGGUGUGAAGGAGAUCAGGCUUCUUUCAGUUUGUGUCACUGCCCUUAAAGGUUUGGGUCUGUAGACAAGGCGGGUUUUUCCCCACGGCCGCCUCGUCUCAGGGGAUGUGGCAGUAAGUGUAAAAAUAAAUAAAUAAAAAAAUAAUAAUCACGCCAUCUCUGAGCAGCGACGGUCGAACACAAAAAAAUUGGAUGGAGGGGAAAAAAGGAACACACGGAAAAUUUGUUCUGUAGUUUCUUCCUGUAAGGGGAAUGAAUGUUUUUUCCGUCAGAUUUAUGGGUAUUUUUUUUUUUUUUUUUACCUUUUAACAUUUGGAAAGAAAGAACUUCAUGUUUUUAUCUUGAGCAUUUUAAGUGUAUAUCGUGAUUGGAUUUACAUUUGAAACUUGUCGAGUAAUGUGUAUGGUUUUUAAAAUAAAAAAAAGAUGUAUUUAGCCUAA